AUGGCCGAACCCUCAUCUCCCAAUGAGAAGCUAUGUCCACGUCAAUACCCUCAAACUAUCUUCGAGGCCGCCAUGAAUAACCAGAUUCAGGCUUCUCAUCUUCCUGCUGAGGCCCUUGUUUACACGGCCGCCAAUGGACAGGCCUACGCAACCCCGCUCGCCGCCCAAAGGAUUGGGCUAGAUGGCCCGCUCCUCCUCCAGGAUUCUCAUUUGAUCGAUAACCAGGCCCAUUUCAACCGCAAAAAUAUCCCCAAUCGCGUUGUCCAUGCUCUUGGUGUCGGUCAAACUACCCCUCUUACUAUGCGCUUCUCUACUGCGGCAGGCAAAAAAGGUGACUUCGAUACCGUUCGUAACGUUCACGGAUUUGGCGUCAAGUUCCGCACUCCAAAAGGAAAUUGGAAUUUGAAAAUCCGUGAUCCGGCUAAGUUUCCUUUACUUAUUCAAUCCUUAACCACCAAUGCUCAAACCGGUCGACAGGAUGCUAUGUUUGAUUAUCUUGGCUCUAAUGCUGAGGCUUUGCCUCAAUUCCUCUGUCUUCUAUCCGACGCUGGGACUCCUCAAGUGGGUGCUGGUGUUGGAAUUAGGUGUGCACAGUGGGUGCAGGCUCUUUCCUCAUCCCAUCUUCUUUAUCACAACUCGACAUCGCUCAACUAUUCUUCAUCAAUCUUCAAGUUCAGCAUCGAUCAAGUGUGA